CUGUAAAAUAAUUUUCAUUUUGUUUUUGUGUUGUGUUUUUUGCCCAUUAAUUACAGUUACUGUUAGCUAUAAGUUGUUUGUUUAGUACACAAAAGCGUGUGUGUUAUUAAUAACAAAAAGGGUCCGGCUCACAAACGUACGGACACUGUGUACGCAUUAAUUAACCACCACUGAUUACUAGUUAAUUAACACCCGGGUACUAUUUGUAGUAAAAAACUCCCCAUAGAGUUAACAUUGCGUUUCGCUAUACAAAAGUUUUCUCGUUACAAACACAUGACUACUACCGUCCCAUCACUAGCCACCCGCACAUACCCUACCAGUCCACGCAAACUACCCGUCCCUCAGCGCACGCAACCAUCGCCAUCAGCGCACCGGGAGGUGACCAUUGAGGUGAUGGAGGCCGUCGAGCAGGUGGUGACCACCGAUGGCGAGCAGCGGACCACUCCCUGUCCCGCAGCCGAC